AUGUCUAGCCCCCUCGAACCCGGUCCCACAAACGGGUACCGGUCGCCGGAGGGCGAUUCCCCCUCCCCAAUAGUCGCUGCCGGGCACCAGAGCGAUAGCGAUCUCUCAGAUAUGCGCGAGAAUGCCACACGUCUCGCUUCAUCGUCGCCGUCGCCGGACCCCAACGACUCGACCGGUUACAUGAAUGGCGCCCCUGACUUUGCUGAAACGGAAAGCUCUGGUGACGAAAAUAACGCAUCUGAUGACGCCGACUUCGAUAUGGAUGAAGACGUGGCGUCCGUUGUCCAGAGCGACGGAGCCGGUGAUGUCCAAUCCAGCUCCAACGACUCCCAGCAGCCCACGAAGCGGAAACCUGCCGCUAGAGAGGAUGACUUUAUCAAGGCGAACCCCGAGCUAUACGGACUGAGACGGAGUUCCCGCCCGACGCAACAGCGUAGAAUGGUCGAUUCAACUGAUGAAUCCGAAUCCGACGCGGCUCCCACCAAUAGGAGAACCGUCAAAAGAAGACGCGUCGAGACACCCAGACAAUCUUCGAAACGAGGCACGCCGGCACGACAACCGUCGACGGAUUCUGAUUCCGACUCCGAUAACUACGGCGGUGCCCGCGCAAAGAGUCUCCAGAAGAAGGCACGGCGUCAGCGUGAGGCCCAGCCGAACCUUCUCACCGAGAAACGCUGGUCGAGCAGGCGGGCCGCCCAAGUACAGCAGGGUGCCUACGAAGAGAGCGAUGUCGAUGACGAGGAAGACGGAUCCGAGCUCACGCCCAACUACUACGCAGCGGACGUUGUUGACGACUCCCCAUACAUUGACAAAGUUCUUAGACACAAGCUCAAGGAUGAUCUCGAGCUCAGUUGGAGUUCAACGAGGAACGAUUUCGAGUACUAUAUCAAGUGGCAAGGAAAGUCACAUCUUCACGACACAUGGGAGACGACGGACACUCUGCGUGGCAUGCGAGGCUACCGGAGAGUCGAGAACUACUUUCGAACCAUCGUGGAGAAUGAGCUUCUGAUUCGCUUUGGCGAGGAUAUCCCUCCCGAGACCAAAGAACAGUUCUUCCUGGAUCGCGAACGAGCCGAGGAAGCAUUGGAAGACUAUACCAAGGUGGACAGGAUCGUCGCUGUCCGCGAUGGCGAUGAUGAGACUGAAUACCUCGUCAAGUGGAAGGGCUGCUACUACGACGAGUGUACAUGGGAAGCAGCAUCUGCCAUCAGUUCGGACUUUCAGGACAAGAUUGACCAAUUCUUGGAUCGGUCUUCACGCUCAUGGGUUUCUGACCGCAAGGAAUCGAAUCCGGAGACGCGGACAAGAAUGACCAAGCUUGAGGCGCAACCCGACUACAUCAAAGGCGGCGAACUGCGCUCUUUCCAGCUCAGAGGUCUCAACUUCUUAUGUCUCAACUGGACUCGUGCCAACAAUGUCAUUCUUGCUGAUGAGAUGGGUCUCGGCAAAACUGUCCAAAGCGUGUCGUUCCUCAGUUGGCUGCGCAACGAGCGCGAGCAGGAGGGCCCCUUCCUCAUUGUCGCGCCCCUCAGCGUCAUUCCUGCAUGGGGCGAUACCUUCGACAACUGGUCCCCUGACAUGAACUAUGUCGUCUACCUCGGCAAUGAGACAUCUCGCAGCACCAUUCGUGACAACGAGCUGAUGGUCAAUGGCAAUCCCAAGAAGCCAAAAUUCAACGCCCUUAUCACCUCUUACGAGAUGAUUCUCCAGGAUUGGCAGUUCCUUCAGCAAAUCAAAUGGCAGGCUCUGCUUGUCGACGAGGCCCAUCGCUUGAAAAAUAAGGAGUCUCAACUGUAUGCGAGACUUGUCAGUUUCGGUGUGCCUUGCAAGAUUUUGAUCACCGGCACACCCAUUCAGAAUAACCUAGCUGAGCUUUCCGCACUAAUGGACUUCCUCAAUCCUGGCAAAGUCGUCAUCGAUGAAGAGUUGGAGAAUCUUGCUGGCAAUGACACUCAAGAGAAGCUGCAGGACCUGCACAAGUCAAUUGCCCCUUACAUCUUGCGUCGCACAAAGGAGACUGUCGAGUCCGAUCUUCCACCCAAGACCGAGAAGAUUAUUCGUGUCGAGCUUUCGGAUGUUCAAUUGGAAUACUACAAGAACAUUCUCACCAGGAAUUACGCCGCACUGUCCAACGCCACAGGCCAGAAGAACUCAUUGCUGAACAUCAUGAUGGAGCUGAAGAAAGUCAGCAAUCACCCUUAUAUGUUCCCCGGUGCCGAAGACAGAGUGCUCGCUGGUAGCACCCGUCGGGAGGACCAAAUCAAGGGUCUGAUUGCUAGCAGUGGAAAGAUGAUGCUCCUCGAUCAACUGCUCACAAAGCUCAAGAAAGACGGCCACAGGGUCCUCGUUUUCAGUCAGAUGGUCAAGAUGCUGGAUAUCCUCAGCGACUACAUGGCUCUCAGGGGCUACAAAUUCCAGCGCCUUGACGGCACGAUCGCUGCGGGCCCUCGUCGUAUGGCAAUCAACCAUUUCAACGCCGAGGACAGCGACGACUUCUGCUUCCUGCUUUCCACCAGAGCAGGUGGCUUGGGUAUCAACUUGAUGACAGCCGAUACCGUCGUUAUUUUCGACUCCGACUGGAACCCACAAGCUGAUCUGCAGGCUAUGGGACGUGCUCACCGUAUCGGGCAGAAAAAGCCUGUCAGUAUCUAUCGAUUGGUGUCGAAAGAAACAGUCGAAGAGGAGGUUUUGGAGCGAGCUCGCAACAAGCUUCUGCUUGAGUACCUAACAAUUCAAGCUGGCGUUACUGAUGAUGGUAAGGCAUUCCGCGAGGAAAUGAACAAGAAGGGCCUAAGGAUCGACGGACCGAACUCCGCCGAGGAUAUACAGUUGAUCCUUAAGAUGCGCUCGCAGAAGAUGUUUGAGCAAAGCGGCAACCAGGAACGACUGGAACAACUCGACAUCGAUUCAAUCUUGGAGAAUGCUGAAAUCACGAAGACAAAGGUCGACGACAAGAUGAACCUCAGCAGUGGCGGCAUUGACUGGGACAAUUUCAUGCAAUACACCGAUGUCAAGGUGGAUGACUUGGCACUUGACUGGGACCAGAUCAUUCCUGCCGAUGAACUUGCUGUCAUCAAAGCCGAGGAAGAACAACGCAAGAAUGAAGAGUACGUAGCAAAGGUUGCUGCUGAGAGCGCUCCACGUAGGGCGACAAUGAAGAAUCGGAACGAAACGGACAGAUCCGACCGCCUUGCGAAGAAGCGACAGAGGGAGGAACAGCAACGCCGGGAAGCUGAAGAACAACGUGCCCUGCUAUCUGAUCCUAGACGCCCACUGAACGAGAAAGAAACGCGGAACCUUCUCAAAGCCUUUUUUCGUUACGGUUCUAUGGAGGACCGCGGUGACGAAAUUAUCCAAGAAGCCCGACUUGGCGAACGCGAUCGUGACUACAUCAAAUCCAUUCUAGACGACUUCGUAAAGACUUGCGAAGAUGCACUCAACGACAAUAACGCACGUCUUAUGGACGAUGAACGGAAACUUGGAAAGUCAUUGACGAAAAAGGAUAAAAAAGCUGUUCUGGUCGACUUCGGUGAAGUGCGGAAGAUGAAUGCCGAGACAGCUGUCGAACGCCCGCGACAGCUUCGCCUGUUGAGACAAACCAUUCGGAAGAAUGAUGAUUUCAAGACAUUUCGCCUUGCUGACGCGACCAAGGCCGCGCAUUACUCUUGUGAAUGGGGGGCGCGAGAGGAUGGGAUGCUGCUUGUCGGUAUCGACAAGUAUGGGUUCGGCGCUUGGGCACAAAUUCGGGAUGACGACGAACUGGAAAUGUCGGACAAGUUCUUCCUUGAAGAGCACCGUAUCGAAAAGAAAGAGGAGCGAAAUAAGGGAACCGAAAAGGUGGUCAACUCCCCUGGUGCUGUCCAUCUCGUUCGUCGUUCGGAGUAUCUGCUCUCUGUUCUUCAGGCCAAGCACUCAGGCGACCCGCUAGCUCACAGAGCCGUCGAGAAUCACCAUCGUAAUAACAAGAGGCUGGCGAACGGACAUCGUCGCAACGACGUUGGCAGUGGCGCGGCAUCUCCUGCUCCAAUGGUCCCUAAGAAGAGCGGUUCACACCGAGACAGAGAACGCAGCCACACCGACCAUCAUCGCAGCCGUAGCAACGUCGAUGAAAAAAGCACGCCCCGUCCAGACUCAAAGAGAAAGCACUCUGGUCAUGACGAGGGCCGCAUCCCCAAACAUCGGAGAAUGGACGAGACGCGGCGCACAAAGAGCAAUGGCGAUGAGCAGCACUCUCCGAAGGCUGAUCGACCCCGGCACCGUGAUGAAGGCGAGCGCAGCAACAAGCACCGCCGCCCGGAAGAUCAUCGACAUGGAGACGAUCGUCGUCGUUUGAGCAAUACCCCGCGAGCCAGCCAACCCGAUAGUGAACGGCGGAAUCAAGCCUUGCGCCGACUUGACCAACUCCGCAAAAUGGGAGACAACAAGGAGGAGAGAGAGAAGGAUGCGGAUGCCAUGCUGUGGUAUCUCCUGAAGCCCGUCCGAGGGAAUUUUGAGGCAAUUCUUGUCACGACGAAGGAGAGAAUCAAAUCCAGCAAAGAGCGUGCUAGAAUAUUUGGCGAGGAGCUGGUUGUGAUCGGUAACUUUCUAGACCGCGAAUUCGUUCAAGAGCGAGACGAUGCGCUCAAGAACCGCUUCUGGGAGUUCCUGGCGAACCUAUGGCCUGUUGACAGCACCAGUAAUGAGGUGACGGGCGAGCGGUUGAGCGCCAUGUAUAGAGUCCUGCGGGACAGAGAGGUGAAGAAGCACAACGGAGGCAAGCCGGCAGCGGCGCCAACGAAUGGCACGGCAGCCACCUCCUAG